AUGGAUUUGAUCCAGCUCGAUGUGACAAAUGACGAGCAAAUUGCUGCAGUCGCAAAGCAUGUGGAGCUGAAGUAUGGCAAAUUGGAUGUGCCUAUAAACAAUGCUGGUAUUCUCAGAGUCGCGCCGGCCAACUCCACUGAUCUUCCAACACGCGCAGCACGUACAAUGAGCUACUGA